UGAUUUUCUUUGUGAGUCAAUUGGAUGGCUAAAACUUUCACCAGAAGUUAAGGAAAGAAUUAAUGAUGAAAAGUUUCCAACUGAAGCUCAUGAUUUUUUGUCAAUUGGAAAACAGCAUGAAGGAUAUUGGAAUAUUCAAAAAUUAGCUGAACAG